UUCACUUCCAGCUGAGCAAAGAUGGCCGCGUCCAUAUCUCAGCAGCUUGAGGAUUUAUUAAACCCCUUACCGAAAUUCCUGGACCCCGAGGACGACCAGGAUGAAGAGACAAAAGCCAAGGUGAUCGAGAAGUUCGAUGAGGGGGAAAACGAAGACGGGGAGGCUGCCGUCAGCGGGCUGCGCCAGCGGGCCUCGGCGCUGCUGGCCGAAACGGACCGGCGGUACCUGGGCAGGGCUACCUCCCGCAAGGAGCUGCGCCGGGACGCGGAGAGCUCCGGAGAGGAGGAAGAGGAGGAGGAGUUGCAAGAAGGCGCCUCGGAAGAGGAAGAUGAGGAGGAAGAAGACUCUGACCUCAGUGACGAUGACGGCACACAGAUGAAGGCCCUGCUGAGGGAGAAGACCGAUGAUUUUGUCUUUCCUAAGGAGACAGACUUUCGCAAAUUAGCUGAAGGGAUGGAGGAGGAAGGGGAAAGUGAGGAGGAGGAGGAGGAGGAAAUGGAAGGAGAGGAGGAAGAGGAGGAAAUGGAAGGAGAUGAGGAAGAGGAGGGGAUGGAGAGGGAAGAUGAUGAAGAUGCUGUGAUGACUUUCUCCAAAGAAAAAGUGAGCGAAGAAGUUGAAAAAGGAAAAGCAGUUAAAAACCAGCUCGUGCUGUGGGACCAGCUGUUGGAAGGGCGAAUCAAAUUGCAGAAGGCUCUCCUGUCAGCCAAUCAGCUGCCGCAGCCACAGACCUUCCCUUUGUUCAAAAAGAGGGGCGGGGCCGAGUUCGCUGGUGCUCUGAAGAACAGUCACAAGGCUCUGAAGGCCCUGCAGAGGUCCCUUCUGGAACUGCAGGACCAGCUCCUCUGCCAGCAUCCUGACACCAGAGCCAUUGUACUGGGCAAGACUGGCGCUGCACGGCAUAGUGAGGAUGACGACGAGGAGGAGGAGGAGGAGGAGGUGCCCAGCGAGGAAGAGGAGGGCGGGGAGAAGCGGGCUUGGGCAGGGCCCCCCAAGCGCAAACUGGAGAUGGAGGAGUACCCCGAAGUCAUGGCCAAACGCUUUGCCGCUUUCCAGCCGUACCGCGACUCCACGCUGCAGAAGUGGCACGACAAGACACGGCUGACCAUGGGCAAGAUGGGCAAGGGCUUCAGCGCAUUCGAGCGGAACAUCCUGACCCAGAUCGAGCACGUGCUGCUGGACCGGGGGCGACUGCUGCAGCGCACGCAGACCCGGCGCUCGGACUACAGGGUGCUGGGGCGGCCCGAACCCAAGAUCGGGACCGGCAACGAGCAGCUCGGACAGGAAGAAGAGCCAGCACUCAAAGCAAAUGCACAUCUUAAAGACCUGGAUGAGGAAAUCUUCGAUGACGACGAUUUUUAUCAUCAGCUCCUCCGAGAGCUGAUCGAGCGCAAGACCAGCGAAGUCGACCCCAACGACCAGGUGGCCAUGGGCAGGCAGUGGCUGGCCAUUCAGAGGCUGCGCAGCAAGAUCAAGAGGAAGGUGGACACCAAGGCAAGCAAGGGUCGCAAAGUCAGGUUCCACGCGCACAGCAAGCUGGUGAACUUCAUGGCGCCCGUCGACCACGGCGCGAUGAAUGACGACGCGCGGACAGAGCUAUACCGCUCGCUGUUCGGGAAGGUCUCCCCCGCGGCCGGCACCCUGCAGCUGUAAGGAGGGCCGAGAUGGAGGGGCAGGCAGGACGCAGACGUACCGAGGGACGCGCAGAGCACCGUUCCCGAUCCUGAUCCAGGUGCCUUUGGGAAGGAGAGCCGACGUCGACGUGAAAGCCGAUGGUACUUACCUUGAGACAGUGCUACAUAAAACAAAAGGCAAAACUCUUGAAUUCUUGAACUCUUGAACUGGCAAGGGGAGACUGGGUCUGUGUUGAAUCAGUCAGGAACAUGAUACAGGAUCCGGGCUUGUAGGGAUUGUCCCUGAAAGACGUUUGUUUUAUCUUUGUGGCUGGCACACCUCUCCAGAGUUUAGAAGUUAACUGGCGGAGAUUCUCAUAAAGUUUUUUAGUAUUGUGUGAAGACCGUCAAGGUCUCGCGUCCUUUGAAACAAUGUUAAGCUAUGCACACUUCUGUAUCGCUCACCGAGGUGAAAUGGACAGGUCGUUUUCCACGCAGACGAGAGGUGUUUGGGAGUUCUAAAGCCCGUGACGUGAGGCUGCUCGUGGACAAGCAGGUCCUCAAGCAGCAGCCCCUGCGGCAGUGAAGUCUCCUGGGUUUCUCCCUUGGGCUCUCCCACACCGCCAACAUCCUCCCCCCUCCCCCCGGAAACAUCCGCCAGACCGCUGCCACCCCACCACUGUCCAGUCCCUCUCCACAGAGACCCCGCGAGACCCCCCCGCCAGCGCAGCCACACACAGCAGCGGCGGCGGCGGCAACAAAGCCCAAAUCGAAUUGUGUCCGCGACAAAGAAACAGACUCCGCGUUUUUGUCUUCGGAGAAAAGUGGCUUUUCCGUUUUUUUUCGUUUCUUGGCUUUUAUUGUUAUUGUUGUUUUUGUUAUUAUUAUUAUUAUUACAGGAAAAAAAGGCUCAGAGAACAGGACAACGGGAUUCGGUCUCUUGUUUUUUUUUUGUCUGUCCCCAGUCUCGGCUCGACUUGUGCUUCUGUUCUUCACAACACUCGGAAAAUUCUAUUUUGAGACAAACAACUUCAUUUUCCAGCGCGUCUCUAAUUAGCUGCGGAAUUAGUGAGUCUGACGUGCCUCCAUAGAUCAGCCAGGGCCUCGGGGGAGGCCGUUGGGAUAGAGCAAGCCGCAUUUCCAAUUAUUGUGUUGAAUUGCUAAUUUAGUUAUUGUGCCUGCCGUAAUUGUGAUGGGUAUUGGGUGUGCAAUUCAAUUUGUUUUAAAUAUUUGUGGGCUGGCGUACUGGUAAUAGAGCUGACCUAUCUUUCGGCCCAGUCUGAAAGUGGAAGACAAAAACAAAGGAAAGAGACUACAAAGAUUUCUUUUUUUUUAAUUUGAUCUUCCUCAUCCCUCUUAAGACUGUUGAAGUUAAAAAGCUUGAAAUUUACGAAAAUACCACUUUGAUCAUCGGCUGGUAAAAAAGCAUCAAGCAUUAGACUAAUAUUGAGGACUUAAGUUUUAAGAUAAUCGGGGAAAUGCUUUUUUUCCCCCUCUGUUGUUUGAUAAAUAAUUUUUAUUCAGCGUUUCUGUGUAUUAUACACACGUUGGUGUGCAGUUCCAUUGCAUGCUGACAGGAUUAGAAAUGCUAUUUAAAGAUAUCAUUGCAUUUUCUAAAGUAUAUAUAUUUUUGUAUACUGUUAUAAUAGAGGAUAGGCAUUUUUUUGGUUAUGAGGUUGUGGCUUGAAGAAAUGAAAAUUUGUAAUUGUUUUUGCAUCCUAAAGCCUACAGCAUUAGCAGCCAACACAAUGGAAGUUUCCUUCUGUUUUCUGAAAACUAUUAUAUAAAAGAUAGUGAA